UUAAAAUAAAUGUUUAGAGAAGAGAUAUAAGUCUAAAAUAAUAUAUAUAGUUACAUAUAUUUAUAUGUAACUUUACAACAUACAUACUGCUCACUCUUUUCAAGAUUGCAUUAAUAUUUAUGAGGAAAGCAGUUAAAUUAUUCUUGGAAACUAGACGACGUUUUUGCUCACGAUGCAGAUCCAUCAAGAUGUAUGAUAAGACUAUCCGAAAUUCGAUCUUAUAUGCGCCGCAUAAUUUCAACGCACACGAUGACAAUCAACAGAACAGAGAUACCCCCUCGGGACAUUAUUCUACGGAAUCAGGUCAUCUGAAGCAGAGGUGUACGCGCGAGAAGUGGUGGGAGUGCUAAAUACAUGUUGAACGCUGUGUAUAUAGAUCACACAUCAUUACAGCAUCCUGGCAGUCCGCUCCUUAAUUUCAUUAAGUUCACAUCCCUUUCUCCACACUCGAGAAUGGUGCUCCUUCAGCUUUUUGCUAUUAUUAUCUUUUUGCUAGAUGCAUCAGUGAGAACGUACUCUGUUCCAUAUGAAAGCACCCUGGCUUUUUCUACAACCUCAAGAUUGAUAUAUACAGCAUCUGAGUCUAAUCCUACUUUUAGUGGAUACUCCUAUGCAACUCAAGAUCUUAAUGGCGAUGGAAGUAAUGUUGUUUUUACAACCGGCGUCGACUCCGUGAGCAGAUUGAAAAAUGAAAUGAAUCUGAUUUAUAAAGCCAGUGGCAAGACUAUGCCUGACAGAUAUUUACAAAGAGAUACGUUGAAUAAAAUCCCAGAGACAUCAACGUCUUCAGAAAUUACACUCAAAAAAGUUGAAACAAACAUGACUAAACAUGAAAAUCUUGAAUCAAGUGUUGAAAUUCUCAGUGAAGAAAAAGAGCUGUCCAAAACUUCUGAAGUAAAUGAUAAUUUUGUUGAUUAUCAAGUAGCUCCUCAGCAUGUUUCCUUUGUACGUGUACCUUAUUCAGCAUUUAGACCAAAUUUAUUGAACCUGCUUCCAACAGUACAUGCACAAUAUCCCAUAUCAUCAAACAGAAUAGAGGACCAAUAUUAUUCUCACAAUCCUUAUGCUCGUCUAGAGCUGCCUCUUCACAAUUUUGAUUUCUACAAUCCUGCAGUGCCACUAUUUUAUCAACCAGCAAUCACAAUUUCUGAUAGUAGCUUCGGGCUUGCACCGACAACUUCUGAAGAUAUAAAAACAUUUACGGAUUCAUUGGUUGCUAAAGAUUCGCAAGCUAAUGCUACUGAAUCUAGUGCGUCAGAGUCCAACAUAGUAGAAUCAAGAUCCAACUUGGAAACAACGACAGGUAUAGCUGAAGAAAUAUUGUCAAAUGAAUCUCCUUCCACAAACAAACUUGAAUCCACCACUACAUCUGAAAGAGCUAAGGAAAAAAUUGUGACUGAGUCUAUAAGCUCAACAGAAGUAUCUGAGACCUCUGUUGAACAAAUUACAGAAAACAAAGCAAGUACUGAACCUGCAAGUACAGAAGCAAGCUCUUCAAUGUAGAAAUCAUCUGAAAAAUGUGAUAUAUGCAAAGAUUUGUAACUUGAAUGUAUAAAUUCAUUGCAUUCUACGUAUUGACAAUUAUGUUAAUAAUGAUAGAAUUUUGAUAUGUAAAAUGUGCCUUACUGCAAUUGUAAAUACUAUUGGAAUUAUACAAAAAUAAAUUUGGUAUCAUUUAUUA